GCCAAAAACCCGCGGGUUUUUUGGUUUUUGUUUCUCCGCCGCCUCUCUCUGCUCUCAUGGCGCAAAACAACCGCCCCUUCGCCGGCGGCCACCAUCGCCCCAACUACUUCCCUCCAAACCCUAGCUUCGCCCCUCCGUUCAACCCCAACAUUCAAACCCCUAAUUUCUCCAUUCAAAACCCUAGCUUCACCACUCCCUUCAAUCCCAACAUCCAAAUCCCGAAUUUCUCAAUCCAAAAUCCUUUUUUCCAGCUCAACCAUCUCCUAAAUUCUUGCCUCCCGAACCCUAGCGUACCUCUGCACUCUAAUCCAUCUCCAAGUCCUCAAGUGACCCUUGAGAAGGUCGACAGUGCCGCCGUCAAGGCUCGCGAUGACAUUGUUCACGCUGGCGAUAGCGUCUCUGCUUGGAAAGUUUCGCAGGCUGUGCUUGUUCAGCUAAAGGUUGAUUCAUGGAGUUCUCUCGGAUUUCAUCUUCUUGAUGUCCCUUCUAUCCGUCACCUCACGGCCAUCGAAGGGAAGGUGAACGCAUUUAUUCAUUGUUUUGUGAAUUCAAGAGGAAUUACAUCAUUAUAUGAUUUGGAGCUUGCGAUAUGCAAGAAUGAGGGUAUUGAGCUGUUUGAAGAGCUUGGUCUUGGGCCUCUCGUUCGCCACCCUCUCGUGGAGCAUUAUUUCUCUGUUCCUCCGAACGUGACUGAAGUUUUUAAGAUCACGAGCGAGGAUAUCAUUUGUUACUUGCAAGAAUUUAUGGGUAAAAAUAAAAGGAAGAUGAUCAUGGUGCAGGAGUUCUUGGAUUUCAUUGCAGUACAGAAGGCUGUCAAGUGCAAGGAAAUGCUUGGUGUGCGGAUUCGGAGCUUGGGGCUGCAUGUAUCUUAUAUUCGGGAAGCGAGGAAAGCAGAAAUAACAGCGCUCAGAACAUCAAAUAUUAUUAGGAAAAAUUGUAAUGUAGGAGCAAGUUCAGUAGAAAGUGAUUAUCCACAACCACUGGGCAGACUCACACAGAAGGAAAUACUUGACAAGAGAUUUGGCUUUAUAUCCAAGCGUAUGAAAUUAUUCUCCUCUUCAUGGUCUGGUUUCGGGGCUAAGCAUAUUCAUUUUGAUUCCUCUGAUGAUGAUAACAAUCGCCAUUACAAUAAUGAUGGCAUUGAUGUUGAUGUUGAUGUUGAUGUUGAUGAUGAUAAUGAUGAUGAUGAUGAUGAUGAUGAUGAUGAUGAUGCUUGCCAAUAUCAAAACUCUUCUACUGGCAAGGGAAGUGGACAAUCUGUGAGUAGCUGCCCUUAUCCAUCAACAACAGAAGAGAUGGCACGGCUGAGAUUAAAAGCUGGAAGUGUUAAGAAACCAUCUCCAGGUAAUGGAAUAAUCAGGGAGAAAGGUGGUCAAGGCCUUUCUGGUAGAAAACGGAAAUUUGAAGAGAAAAAAGGGAAUGCUAUUUAUCCAAAAAAAUUGCAAGACAAGCAUCGAAACUCUGAUUCAAAUUUAUAUCGGAUGAAAUAUGGAGAUCUUAUUCUUCCAUGUGGUGACAUUGCAAAGUUUGUAGGAAUGUGGAAGGAGGCUUGUCAAGAACGCACCAUUUUUGAGGUUGUCGAUAUGAUGAUCAACUUCUAUAUGCCAAAGUAUAAUCGUAAAACGAAGGUCACAAAUGUCUUAUCAUCCUUCCCUGUAAUUGGGCUCCUAAAUGUUGCAGUGUCAGCCAUUAAAUAUGGAAAACUGGACGCUUGUUAUGAUGCUUCCUGUAAUACUGCUGAACAUGAAUAUGCUCAUCAAAGUUCCGAUCCAUCUAUUGAUAUUGCGCAUAUUGGGCAAUCAGUUAAAGAGAAUACUGUAUUACAUGCCAAUAAAGAUGUUAAGGAACCAGGCCAUGGUACUAGUGUUGAUAAUAUUAUUAAAAAAAUCACUGAGUAUUUCAAAGGCAGCCAUCAUUCACCUUUUGGUGGAGCAUUUGGGAUUUUUAAGAAGUUAUGUGAUUGUGAAGCUUGGCUGACUAGUCAAUAUGCUGUUAAAGAAUUUACUUCUUUUGGCCAUGGGAAUUUCUGUGAGUUUUUAGAGAAACACUUUUCUCUUUUUCCAGUAGAAAUACAUGACUUAUGGGGGAGUGGUGUUCAGAAGCGAGCUUGUGGAGAUGUUGCUAUGUUUCAAAAACAGCUGAGUAUUUUUGUAUCUCAGGCUGAGAGUACAGUAAAGGAGGGUGGUGCUACAAUAAAUUAUAUUUCUACGCUUCUAAGGAAACAAUUCCCUACGAUUAGCUUGCAUAUAAAUGAAAAUGAACCUGAGAUAGAUCUUAUCAAGAAGUAUAAAGAUGAUAACUGUGUAAGUUGUGUUGUUUUCUCUUCAACAUUGUUAGGUGAAAACUCUACAAGAAACCAGGAAAUUUGCUAUAAAAAUUUACCAGAUUCAACAGAGUAUCUGGACAAUAUUGGCCAUCAAAAAAUUUCUUAUGGAACUUUCUCUGCAAAAGAUGCCAUUGAGUGCCUUCUUAAGGCGCCAAUGCUGUCAGAUCUCCUGUCAUGGUCACAUUGGGAUACUAUAUAUGCUCCAUCACUUGGCUCUCUCUUAGAGUGGCUUUUGAAUGAUGUGAAUACCAAACAAUUGUCAUGUAUUGCAACAAUUGAUGGAAAGUUGAUCAGGAUUGAUCCUUCUGCUAUUGCUGAUGAAUUUUUGGAAGCUUUGAUUCGUUUUUCUUCUUUCCAAUCAGCAUUGAAAUUAUUGUCUUUGGUAGCUGUAUAUAAGGGAAUCAGCAAUGCUCCCGUGUCUCUAUUAAAAUGCUAUGCUGAACGUGCUAUUAAUGUUAUACUGAGAAAUUCUUUAGAAGACAAAGAAACAAAUGUUGGUGUGGGAUACUUGAUAAAUAAUAGUUCUAUGGAAGGACAAGGUACUUGGAAUGAGUUUGCCAAAACUUAUGCUACAGUUAAUUUUCUUGGAACUCCUGCAACUAAAGGGAAUGAACAAGCUGAAGACCUAUUGAGGGCUAAGAGAGUGCUUUAUUCUGUAUCUAGACUUAUACUUGAUUGCCUUAGUUAUCUGCCGUCAGAAUUUCAAACUUUUGCUGGUAAUAUCUUGGUUACAGGUUUUAGGUCUGUGACCAAAGAUGCUCAUUUGCUAAUGUUGCAUGAAUGUUCUCAGACUGAUCAGCGCAUAAUGCUUCACGAGAUUGGUUUGUCCCUUGGAAUAUCAGAAUGGAUUGAAGAUUUUCAUCUGUUCAGAUCAACAACUGCUAAUGGUUUGUUCAUGUCUUGUAAGACCUUAAGUUUAGUCUCCAAUUCUUCACUAGGAAUUGAUCAAAAUCAGACAACUUAUGCUUCUCAGGAACCUGUCUUUAGCAAUAUUAAGCUUGCUUAUGAGGCUGAUGAAAAUCAUCAGGCAGUUGAAGCUCAUAAGAUAAAAGAUGAUGCACAUUCUGGAGAUGAAUACAAUGAAUUUGGUGAAGUCAAUCGAAGUGAGGAUCUCAAUAAAAUUUCUGUUGGUAAAUCUUGCAUGUCUGGACAUGGCAAAAUUGGAGAUGCAGCUCUUAUUAUUGAGUCCAUUCGACGAGAAGAAUUUGGUCUGGACCCAAAUCUUAACUCUGAUGAGAGUGUCUUCCUCAAAAAACAGCAUGCUCGCCUUGGAAGAGCAUUACAUUGCCUUUCACAAGAACUAUAUUCACAGGAUUCACAUCUUCUUCUUGAGCUUGUUCAAAAUGCUGAUGAUAAUGUUUAUUCAGAAUAUGUGGACCCGACACUGGUGUUUAUUCUACAAGACACAGGCAUUGUUGUUCUAAACAAUGAACAGGGAUUCUCUGUUGAGAAUAUUAAAGCGCUUUGUGACAUUGGAAACUCUACAAAGAAAAGAUCAGGUGCUGGAUAUAUUGGGCAUAAAGGGAUUGGCUUCAAAUCAGUAUUUCGGGUCACUGAUGCUCCAGAGAUUCAUUCUAAUGGAUUUCAUGUAAAGUUUGAUAUUACUGAGGGUCAGAUUGGCUUUAUCUUGCCGACCGUGAUUUCUCCUUGUGACAUUGAAACGUUCCAGGGGCUUUUAUCUGGCAAUAAACAUGAGCACGAUAAUACCUCCUGGAAUACCUGUAUUUUACUUCCUUUCAGAUCAAAAUUUAGAAAAGUGUUGGAUAUCCGGUCCAUUGUUAGCAUGUUUUCAGACCUUCACCCAUCAUUGUUGUUGUUCCUGCAUCGACUUUGCUGCAUCAAAUUUAGGAACAUGCUUGAUGAUUCAUUUGUCAUCAUGAAAAAGGAGACUUUGGGUAAUGGCAUUGUUAAAGUUUCUCAUGGAAAAGAGACAAUGAGCUGGUUAGUGGUUACUGAAAAGCUGCAGGCAAGUGUCGUCCGGCCAGAUGUUCAAAGUACAGAGAUAGCCAUGGCUUUCACCCUUCAGGAGUCUGAAGAUGGAGUAUACACGCCACAUCUAUUUCAACAGCCCGUUUUUGCUUUUCUUCCUUUGCGAAAAUAUGGCCUGAAAUUUAUUCUUCAAGGAGAUUUUGUUUUACCUUCUUCCAGAGAAGAAGUUGAUGGAAAUAGUGCUUGGAAUCAGUGGCUAUUGUCAGAAUUCCCUGCUUUGUUUGUUAGUGCUGAGCAAGCAUUCUGUGCGCUCCCAUGCUUUCAGAAAAACCCAGGAAAGGCGGUGACAGCCUAUUUGAGUUUUGUUCCUCUCCCGGUGGAAGUUCAUGGAUUCUUUUCUCAUCUUCCAAACAUGAUCAUUUCCAAAUUGCGGAUGUCCAACUGCCUGCUUUCAGAUGGUCCCAAGUUAGAGUGGGUUCUUCCAUGCCAAGUUUUAAGAGGUUGGAAUGAUCAGAUUCGCCUUCUUAUAUCUGAUAGUUUACUUCAGAAACAUCUUGGCCUUUGUUAUUUGAAUCAAGAAGUUAAUCUGUCCGAUACUUUGGCAAAGGCACUGGGUGUUCAGGACUAUGGGCUCAAAAUUCUGGUGGAUAUUAUACAAUCCAUAUGCCAGACAAGUGAUGGUAUUAAAUUGAUGGGCCUAAACUGGCUGUCUUUGUGGCUUCAUGUGGUUUAUUCUACGCUAUCCAGCUAUUCUUCUGGGCAUCUAUCUCUUAAUACUGGCUCAGAUCAUGAUUUGAUUAAUUGUCUGAAAAAGAUCCCCUUCAUUCCACUUUCAGAUGGGGCGUACAGCUCAACUGCUGAGGGUCCAAUAUGGUUACCGUGUGAUGCCUAUGGUAAUGGACUUGAAGGAAAGCAUAGCUGUAAAGAUUUUUCCAAUCUUUAUGCCAAACUUCGAAUUGUUGACCCAUGCUUUCUACUUGGUACUUCAAACACUCAUGCAUUAGAGAUGAGACAUGGUUGCAUUCAAGUUCUCCGUAAAAUCGGUGUGCAAGAGUUGUCUGCGCACGAGGUCAUAACAAGACAUAUUCUGGUUUACAUAUCUGAUGACAAAUACAUAAAAGAUGACAGAAACUUAUCUGUAGAGUAUAUAUCUUUCAUAAUGCAGCAUUUGCAAUAUGCUUGUGCAAGCUGUGAUACUGAAAAAGCAGAUAUAAUCUCAAAACUUCGAAAAGGAUCCCUCCUGUUAACAAACCAUGAGUACCACUGCACACAAAAUGUGCCGAUACAUUUUAGCAAAGAGUAUGGGAAUCCUGUUGAUAUUGGUAGACUUAUUGAAUCAACCAAUGCUGUAUGGCACGAAAUCGAUGUUGCCUAUCUGAUGCAUCCUACAACACAGUCAUCAGCAUUUGACUUGGUGAAGUGGCGUGAUUUUUUGCAAGAAUUAGGUGUCACUGACUUUGUGCAAGUUAAUUCUGUCCAUAAGAAUUUGACAGAUGUUCUCCAUACUAUUCCUGGGAGCAUGGCAUGCUGUGGAGAUAUUCAAAUUGCAUCAUCAUAUAUCAGUGACUGGGAAUCACCUGAAUUGGUGAGUUUGUUAUCCACAAUAUCUUUGGAAGGAUCUCGCGAUAAAUGUAUCUAUCUUUUGGGAGUUCUUGAUAAAAUGUGGGAUGAUUGUUAUAGCUGCAAAACCAGUUGUGUUCUUAGCAGUUCAAAUGAAAACAAGGAACUAAUUGAAUCUUCAUUUAUGAAAUGUAUCCGUGAGUUCAAAUGGAUAGCAUCAACUUUGGAUGACAAACUCCACCAUUCUGAAGACCUCUUUUAUGACUGUGAGGAAGUGAGCUCCAUUUUGGGGAAUUUAGCUCCAUAUGCUGUUCCACGGGUGACUAGUAAAUUGCUUUUGGAGAAAGUUGGUUUCAAAUCACGAGUUUCUCUAGAUGAUGCUUUGACAGUUUUUUCUUCCUGGAGAAUGUCGAAGCCAUCUCUGGUCACAAGCACUGCUCAAAUAUCAAAGUUUUACACCUUUAUCUCGGAUAAAAUUACCCAAGGGAAUUUUCAGAUUACCAAGGACCUUGUUUCGAGUCCAUUCAUAUUCAUUCCAUCUGAUAUUUCAUCUAAAUGCAAUGAUGUCGUGCCCGGCAUACUCUUGUCCUCCGAAGAUGUGUAUUGGCAUGAUCCAACUGGUUGUGUGGACAAGACGGUGGAAAUGGCUCGUUUGUGCGCUUCAAUACAGGAGACUGGUUGUCUACAUUGUAAGGCAUUGGCGACUGUCUACCCUUCCCUUCGUGAUUUUUUCGUAAAAGCAUGUGGUGUGCCUACCGUUCCUCCGUUUGGCAGCUAUCUUUCUAUACUGCUUCAGUUGUCAACUGUUUCAUUGCCUUCUCAAUCAUCUCAUUUGGUUUUUCGGGUUUUUCUUAAAUGGAGUGAUGAUUUCAAUUCUGGUCUAGUCGAUACUGAGGAAUUUGUUGAAUUGAAGGAUAAUCUUCUCAAGUUAGAGAACACAAUACUUCCAAUCUUGGGGGAUAGAUGGGUUUCCCUCCAUCCUUCUUAUGGUCUUAUAUGUUGGUCUGAUGAUGACAAACUGAAACAACAGUUUAAGCAUUGUGAUGGUGUUGAGUUCUUAAAUUUCAAUGAACUUGGUAACCAAGAAAAGGAAGUGCUCUCCGAGAAGGUUGCCAAUUUCUUGCAAAAGUUAGGUGUUCCCCCACUUUCACAGGUUGUUUCUCGUGAAGCAAUAUUUUAUGGGGCAACAGAUAAUAAAGAAAAAGCUUCUCUUAUCAAUUGGCUAUUUCCCUUUGUUCAACGGUAUCUCUACAAGUUCUACCCCGAGGUGUAUAUCAACCUGAAGAAGCUUGGAUUUGAGAAGCUUACUCAACUGCAAGUUAUUGUAGUGGACAAGUUAUUCUACAAGUACACUUUAAAAGGGCAUGAUAGCACCUCUAAGAAACGGUUCGAGGCUGCUUGUCUUCUCCAGGGAAAUAUUUUUUAUGUGACUCAAACAUCCGACCAUCACACAAUGUUCUUGGAAUUUUCUCGAUUCUUCUUCAAUGGGUCUACUGAGCUGCACCUUGCUAAUUUCCUUCAUAUGAUCACAGUCAUGGCAGAAUCUGGUUCCAGCAUGGUACAGACUGAAUUUUUCAUUGUGAAUAGCCAGAAGGUCCCCAACCUACCUGCUGUAGAGCCAGUUUGGUCCCUUUCAUCCCUGUCAGCAGGCUCCAAUUCAGCUGAAGCACCCCCACCAAUCAAUUGUUCUCCCAUGAAUAAUAACACCCAGAAUGCCCAAUCAUGCCCUCGGCGGAAACCAGGCAUUAGUCCACACUGGCCACCUACAGACUGGAAAUCUGCCCCGGAUUUCAAUUACGCCAUGAACAAUUAUCUGCUGACAAAACCUUUGUCAUCACUUGGUACAUCUCUUGAAAAUGCCACUCCCAUGGAGGAUAUACCAGUUGUUACCGAGAUUGAAGGGGAUUUUGUCUUAGAAGAGGACAUUUUGCCGAAAGACACAAGUGUAUCACAAGAUUCAGUAUUGAUCAAUGGUAAAGCCCAUGUAGCAGACUAUCUUGAUUCUACUGAAUGGCAAAUCAGCUCUAAUCUGGACCAAGGAAACAGAGCAUUCAGUUCACUACCUGCACAGGCUGAUUCCUCAAUAUCCAUUGAAACCGACCGACUUCUUUGGCACACUCCUGAUGAGAACCUAUCAAGGAGAGUCGGCAGGUUGGGGGAGUUGUUAUCUUACAAAUACUUUACUGAGAAAUUCGGCUCUGCCAAUGUGAAAUGGGUUAAUAAAGAAACCGAAACAGGUUUGCCAUAUGAUUUGGUGAUCGGUGAGACUGAAGAAAAUAGGGAAUACAUUGAAGUCAAGGCCACCAAAUCUGCAAGAAAAGACUGGUUCCAGAUAUCGACGAAGGAGUGGCAAUUUGCAUCUCUCAAAGGCGAUGCCUUUAGCGUCGCUCAUGUUGUUCUGUUAUCCCAGAAUAAAGCGAAGAUUACCGUCUUCAAGAAUCCAUUGAAACUCUGCCAACAAAAUGUAAUGCAGCUGGCUGUUCUGAUGACGAAGCAACCGAAGAACUCAUGAACUUCUUGUGAGUGUGACCUUAUUUUUCCAGGCUUUUCGGAGUGGUACUUAUUUUCACUUGUGAAAGCUGUUUGCUUGUCAGUUUUGUGAGGGUUCUGCAUUCUUACAAACAUGAAAUUUUCCAUGUUUGUACUUUGUGCCGAUCUGUAAAUAAUGAUCAAAGAGGAGAGCAUUAGUUAUUAGAUUCAAUUCACUUCCCAUACAGAAAAGCUUUAAUCAUUAGGACAUUGUGCCAAAGUGAACAUUGAGAAGAAAGUAUCAAUUAUGAUUAUUAUUUUCUUCAUUGUUGUAACGUGUACCAGACAUUGUUAUUGAAUCAAAUGUCAUUUUUCUCAUUAA